GUGUUAAGGUUCUGUGCGUGUGAGAAUACAUCAUGUAAAAGUUUAUGAAGUUUCCAUUGUGCAUUGACGGGCGAGUGAGCGAGCGAGAGAGAGAGAGAAAGAGAGAGAGAGAGAGAGAGGAGAACAUACUGAGCAUGUUAGCUUACAUAAAACACUGACGCUUAUAGACUGGUGGUGAAUAGUAAACACUGAAUACAGAUCGUCAAAUUCCAGUUUUAGUAGACGUUUGCUUGCGUGUAAAUACGUCGAGUCUUUUACCAUUUACCUUUUCUUCGUUGGUGUUAUUUUAUUUUUCUUCUUUUUCCUCUUCACUUCUGUUCAACAUUUGAAACAGCCACAACAACAACAACUACACAUUGAAUUCACUCAUCAUCUUGAUACUGGCGAUAUACGUGAAGUGAACAGACAUAAAAAAAAACAACAUAACACAACAUACAACAACCUACACAUACAUCAUAACCACAAGAAAAGAGAAUAUUCAAACCGAAACAAAAGAAAGAAAGAAAAAAAAGAAGUUGUAUAUGAAACUUUUCGCCAAUUCGUUGGAGUAUCGCGUUUCAAAGGCGUUUAUGGCCUGUACUGUGAAUACACACAUCAAAAACUAAAAUUCACUACAAUAAUAUGACGAAAAUUGUGUAUCGUGUUUCCGUACGAAUAUAUUUACUAGUGUUUCACGCAAUAGACUCGAUGUAGUUGUAGUUUUGCCGAAAAUUGCAGCAAGUUUUUUUUUCUCCACAUUUUAUUUCACUUCUUCUUUUUCUGUUCCGAAUUUUUUUUCCUUCGUUUAUUGUUUUGUCGAGAAAAAAAAAAUUUGAUCUCUUUUUGAUCAUAAAAUUUUUCGGUGGUGUUGUGUUUGUGUCUGCAUCUCGUUAAACGUCUGAAUGAAUAUCGAAUAUUGGACAGCAACGUUAGAAAACUAAUGAAUUGAUUUGAUGUUGCUGUUGAAGACAGAUAAUAAAAAAAAUACAUGCAUUUAAUAAUAAUUUGAAUUUGAACAAACAAGAAAUUUUUUUAUUGAAAAUUUUGAAAGCAAAAAAACACCAAAAAGUUAGUUAUUUGGUUUUUCAAAUGCCAUGGUGAUGUUUUUACUUCUCAAAGAAAUGGUAAAUCACAUAAAGAAUGCAGCAGUGAUCAAGUCAAUGAUUAACAUUUGUCUAGUUUAUAUAAUUUGUGGUUUUGUUUGGAAUAUCCGAAUUGUUGAAUGUAUUGAAGACGAAGAGGAAAAUGGUCCAUACCAAGGCAAAUUCAUUGGAUCACUGAACUCAUUCCAUCAUCAGGUUUCGGGUAAGGUGUAUGCCGUCGACGAGUACACCUUCCUGUUAUCCGGCUUCAAUUAUGAUGGCAACGGAGCCGACACGUUUUUCUGGGCUGGUGCAUCUAACAGACCAGGCCCUCAGGGUUUCAUUGUGCCCGAUGAAUAUGGAAAAACCAAUAUUUUAGAUAGAUACUUCAAUAAAGAUUUCACCCUUAAACUCCCCGAUAACAAGAAGAUCACUGAAAUUAAAUGGUUGGCCAUUUACGAUUUGAGCACACAAAAUGAUUUUGGUGACGUCUACAUUCCGGAGGCAUUCGAACCGCCAGGAGCGCAACGCGGCAGUACUUUUUCGAAACGUAGUCACGGCGUGACCAGUAGCCCUAUUGAGGUGAUUGAUUCAAAAACGGUACGAAUUCCUGACCUAUACUAUGAUGGAACGGGUAGUAAAACGUAUUUCUUGGCUGGAGUUGGGGCGCAACCAUCAUCGAAAGGCACGAAAAUACCCGAUGAACUUGGAUAUUUGGAUCCACUGAGAAAGUAUACUGGCGAAACUAUAAUCCUUGAGCUGCCUGGCGAUAUGACCAUUUUCGAAAUUAAUUGGAUAAGUAUUUACGAUUUGGAAACCAACGAAAACUUUGGAUCCGUACUGAUAUCGGAUGGUUUGAAUGUGCCACCGUCUCUCAUCAAAAUUCAACCGCGCACUGCGUCAUUGCCAAACUGUCGUCAAUUGCAUAAGGAUUUCCGUGUUUCAUGGGAAGUGUUUGGACCGCAAAUUACCUUCGAAUUGGCUGGUCAAGUGAUGGAAGAUGAGUACAUGUCGUUUGGAUUAUCAGGCUCAGACAGUUCAAGUCAAAUGUCGGGCUCUGACGUUGUCGUUGCUUACAUUGAUGGCGCUCGUGGAUAUGCAAUUGAUUAUAAUAUCACUUCCUUAGCACCGUGUGUACAAGUGUUGGGUCAGAACAAAGGCGUUUGUCGAGACGAUGUGGUUGGUGGUAUCGACAGUUAUCAAAUUCACACGCAUACACGUGAAAAUGGAGUCAAUACGAUAACAUACCGGCGAACGCUCAUUUCAAAUGAUAACGGAGAUAAAGAAUUUCGUUUGGAUGCUCCGAUGUAUGUGGUGUGGGCAAUGGGAAAACUUGACUCGAAUAAUGAACCUGCUUUCCAUGACAUUUAUCCAAAGAAAGAUGUAAUCAUCCACUUUAACACUAGUGAACCGUACAAUGACUGCUUCAGUUUUACGAGAAGCGAAACGACUAUAGAAGAAGUGUGGGAGCGAUCACAGAUUUUUGAUCGUUCAAUCAGAUCAUUCACCGCAACAUUGGGACCGGCAGGUGGCAAACGAGGUUAUGCUGGUAUAACUGGUCAUGUUUCAAAUGGAUUGGCUUGGUACAUCAAUGGUCUAUUGAUUCCAGAGCUUUGGCUGCGCCGCGGAUUAACUUAUUCGUUCAAAGUCAGAGGAGGCAAUAAUCCGCAUUCGCCGGAGCACUAUCAUCCAUUAGUCAUAACUGAUGAAAAGUCUGGUGGUUUUAAUCGUUUGACUGAUGCAAAACAAAAUGAGAUUCGUGUAUUGGCCGGUGUUGAGUUCACGAGAAGAGGCCGACCGAAGCCAACGGCUGCUGGUCCAUUGUGCUUAGGUCGACAUCCCGACACUUUGGAUCGACGAUUAGACGAUCGUUUUAUGACAUUCAAAAAAUUCAAUCGAUCGCUUAGCUGGUCAUGUGAGUCCGGUGAUCCAGCCAUUCUUGAAAUAACACCGAAUUCAUCGUGGCCAGAUGUUGUAUAUUACAACAGUUUCACACAUGCCAACAUGGGAUGGAAAAUACACAUUGUUGAUACGUAUAACAAGAAAAACGCUGCAAACCACAAUACGCAAUCUUUUUUUGUAAUUUGUUUAGUUGUCCUUAGUUUAGUCACAAAUGUAAGGAAUCUAAUACAAAGUAUAUAAGUGUAUGACAGAAGAAUAGAAACUGAAGUAAAUAAAUACGGAAAAAUGAUAAAAUGA